GAACGAAUCACCGGUAAAAUAUCAAUGCUUGAUUGGUUCAAAUACAUUACAUUUCCGGAGGAGAUGCGUCUCGGAUGAGCUCUAUGCCAGGCGGAUGUUCGAGAAAGUCGUCAGCUGUUUGAUCCAGGUGGGGACAACGACGAGCUGCUACUACAGCUCAAUCCACCUUGGUGCUUCCAAGAUCCUAGCUAAAGUCUGUCAUCAGACUGGCCAACGAGAAUUUGUUGGGAAGUGCAACAUGGAUCGUAAUGAUUUGGUUGAUCAGUACAAGGACAUCUUGGUCGAGCACUCGGUGGAAGAUACGAUCCAGUUCAUCAAUUUUGUCCGCAAGGAGUGUUCGUCAACCUGCCACCAAAAAAUGGAGAGCAAAUCACCACACUGUACAACAGCAGAAUCAUCAUCCAAUGUAAGCCCUCGGGUUGCAUUAGAGCAACAUGAAGACUCCAAUUCUUUGCUGGUCCAACCUAUCAUUACACCGCGAUUUGCAAUUUCCUGCACUGAUGAGCUACUGGGUAGAUUAGGGGAGCUCGUGAAGACGGAUGAGCAAAUUCGUCUCCAAACCCAUCUAACUUCUCGCGCAUUGCAUUCAAUCAAGUUGCUUGUCCAUUGUCCUACGUCGAACUUCAACCUUCGAUCAGGGAUCUGCCAGAUCCAGAAGCUCAAGGCGGCCGGGUUCAACAAGCUCAGUCUUGGCACCGACGUCUCUGGGGGAUACGGCGUAGGUAUCCUGAGCACGAUCAGGGAUGCGGCCUUGGCCGCCAAAGUACUCAGCUUCCCCGACUCCGCCACUCCCGAUCAAGCCAGCAACCGUCCCCAACAGUUAUCGAUUGAGAAUCUAUUUUACUUGGCCACUUUAGGCGGCGCCUGCAUCUGCAAUCUUGAUGACCGCGUAGGUAACUUCGGGCUCGGUAAACGGUUUGACGGCUUGCUGAUCCAGACCGGCGCCGCCGCUGCGACCACACUAGCUCACCAAAACCUCAACUCAACUGGUGAUAGCGUCAACCGCCGUUUCUCAGACUGUAUCCUUGCCUCACAAGUAGGACCAUAUUUGGAUGGCUCCAACCCUAACUUCUUUGUUGAUGACCAAAAGAAAGAGAUUGAUCUUUCCCAUCUGCUGGAAAAGUUUCUAUUCACUCUUACUUGA